AUGACGUUUAUGGAACUUCAGAAUGGUCUCUGUCAAAGCAUGGAGAACAGUACAUUAAUGAGAGUGAGCAGAAUUCUGUACCAGAAUCCGGUUAUAGUUUUUGGUGGUUUAAUGCAGUUUGAUACCAUGCCAAUCACUGACGAAGUGACUAUGCAUAAUAUGUUUCAAAUUCACCAGCAGACUCAGAUACGACAGCCACAGAUUGAGCUGUAUGUUGAGUUUGAAACCAUAGAGGCGGAAGGGAUUCAAAAUGACUUAGAGGUGGAGGAUGAUAGAGCUGUAGUGUACGUGGGAAUGAGUAGUGACAGCGAAGAGGACUUCGAAGCCACUUAUGAAGCCGGCGACGAAGAGCAGGAUGGUGAUGCGGGAGUUGAGACAGCAGCUGAUGUAGUGGUUCACCCAUCGAUCAGUCAACCGAUGAACGUGUCACCUUUUAUGCGUAAAUUGGAUCUCGACGCCAUGCAUGCACCGAAGUUUCCGGAAUAUUCAAACAUAGGCGUUGCUGAUCCUGAGGAUGGAGAGUUCCGGAUUGGAAUGGAAUACAGUUCUAGAAAGUCGGUCGUGGUAGCAAUUAGAAGUUACACUAUCGCUAGAGGAGUUGACUACGACGUGUAUGAGUAUGAGCCACAGACGUUCUAUGCAAAAUGCAAGAUAUACAACGGUAGGCACACGUGCACAACGGGAGUGAUUUCACAGGAUCCUUCCAAGUUGGACUUAGACACAGUUGCUGAGGCUAUAAGGCCAUUGGUCGAGACUGACCCGUCAAUAAAGAAGUCCAUAGCGAAAGUUUUCGGUGAUUGGGAGGAGAGUUAUCAAGCCUUGCCGUGGUGGCUCUCGGUUAUGGUUCAGAAGAUGUCUGGGUCAGUUGUCCAGAUAGAAACACGCCCACUUUACAAUGGGAAUAAAGAGGCGCAAGGGGUAAAAAUACUUCAUCGCGUAUUUUGGAGUUUCAAUCCAUGCGUUAGGGCAUUCAGGCAUUGCAAGCCCCUAGUUCAGGUUGACGGAACACACCUAUAUGGAAAGUACAAAGGUACACUUCUGGUAGCUGUUGCACAGGAUGGGAACCAGAACAUUGUGCCUAUCGCUUUUGUCUUGGUGGAAGGGGAGAUAGCUGAUGCGUGGCACUUCUUUCUAAGGAAUCUGCGAACGCAUGUUGUAAGAAAAGAUGGUGUGGGUAUGAUCUCGGACCGGCAUGAGUCAAUUCGAGCAGCAGUAAAUCGUUCCAGAGGUGACUGGCAACCUCCAAGAGCAUGGUGGAUGUUUUGUAUAAGGCACAUCGGCAGCAACUUCCUACGAGCAUUCAAGGUCCCUCACUUGCAAAAGCUUGUGGUCAAUAUUGGGUAUUCAAGAAUGGUGGAGGAGUAUAACAUCAACUAUAAGAGGUUGGAAGAGCGAGGCGAGGCAUAUGCCAGGUGGUGCGAUGCCAUUGGACUUAGACAUUAG